UUCCCGCUCUGGGCCCAGCCCUUUAAAGCCGCGGCUCCGUCUUUCCGGCCGGCUGUGUACUGAGACUGAAGUGCUGGGGGCCCUGGGCACCGGGGCUGGCAGAGGGCCGCGACAGGUGCACGUAGUGUGGGCCACUGCCCGGGGUUCGGGAGGGACCCGGAGCCGGGACGGGUGGACGCUGGGGCAAGGAACGCAGAGGCGGAGCCGCUCUCGUCCACUAAGCAGCGCCGUGUGCCACGCACCCCUCAAGCCCUUUCUGCACCUGCCGAGGGAGCGGAGCGGCGGGAAGGAGUGGGGCACCCCUCCUCCACAGCGGCUGGGCCUCCGCCCUCCCACGGGUUGCUGGGAAGUGAUGGUGCUGUUCCUGCUGCUGCUGCUCCUGCCGCUGCUGCUGCUCCUGUUGCUCCCGCCGCCGCCGUGGGCCGCGUUCCGGCAAAAGUCGCCCCGGGAUGCCAGGCUGCCCUGGCUCGUUGGCCUCCAGCACCGUGCGGCACUGGGGCUCCUGUGCUGGGCGGCCGCCUGGCAGCGGAGGAGACUGGAGCAGAGCACGCUGCAGGCGGGCCUGAGCCAGCGGCGGGCCCUGAGGCGGUGUCUGCGCGCCCAGGGGCCCCGCCGUCCCCGCGGGGCGAGCGCAGAUAUGAGCGCCUUCCGGAAUCAUGUUCCUCUGACCAAGGCCUGCCAGACUGAGGAGAAGGAAAGUGGGGAGCAGGGCCUGCCACCUACCUCAGACCAGCACUGUGGGGAGGCCUCUCUGCAGGCCACCUUGCUGGGUCUGGCAGCUCUAAACAGGGCCUACCCUGAAGUGCUGGCUCCGGGAGGCACUGCCCGUGUGACCCCAGCGUCCGCCUGGCCCCACCCCCUCCCCUGGCCUUGGCACACCCUGGGCCAGCUUAGCCCACCUGGAGCCAAGGACUCUUGGGCCCUGCUGCUGGAGGCACUGAGGUCCCCAGGGCUGCGGGCACUGGAAGCCAGGACGGCAGUCGAACUCCUGGAUGUCUUCUUGGGCCUGGAGGCCAGUGUGGAAUUGCUGGCUGAGGCAAUAGCUGCUGGUAACCCAGGAGCACCUCUCCCCAGACGGGCAGCUGAGCUGCAGGAAGCUCUUGAGCAGGGACCCCGAGGACUGGCCCUUCGGCUCUGGCCAGAGCUGCAGUUGGUGGUAACUCUGGAUGCAGGAGGCCAGGCCGAGGCUGUGGCUGCCCUGGGGGCCUUAUGGUGCCAAGGGCUAGCCUUCUUCUCACCUGCUUAUGCUGUGUCUGGAGGGGUGCUGGGCCUAAACCUGUGGCCAGAGCAGCCUGCCGGGCUCUACCUCCUGCCCCCUGAAGGCCCCUUUAUUGAGCUACUUCCAGUCAAGGAAGGAGCCCAGAAAGAGUCUGCCCACACUGUCCUGCUGGCCGAGGCUCAGAAGGGCAAGGAGUACGAGCUCGUGCUGACUGACCGUGCCAGCCAUACCAGGUGUCGCCUGGGUGAUGUGGUACAGGUGGUUGGUACCUACAAUCAGUGUCCAGUUGUCAGGUUCAUCUGCAGGCUGAGCCAGGCCCUGAGUGUGCGAGGAGAAGACAUUGGUGAGGAUGUGUUCUCUGAGGCCUUGGGCUGGGCAGUGGGCCAGUGGCCAGGGGCCAAGCUGUUGGACCAUGGCUGUGUGGAGAGCAGCAUUCUGGAUUCCUGUGAGGGCUCUGCUCCCCACUAUGAGGUGUUUGUGUCGCUGAGGGGGCUGAGGAACCUGUCAGAGGAAAAUCGAGACAAGCUUGACCAUUGCCUUCAGGAAGCCUCUCCCCACUACAAGUCCCUGCGGUUCCGGGGCAGCGUGGGCCCUGCCAGAGUUCACCUGGUGGAUCAGGGGGCCUUCAGAGCCCUCCGGGAAGCCCUGGCCACCUGCUCUUUGGCCCCCUUCCCUCCUGAGAUGCCCCGGGUCCUUAGGUACAGGCACUUGGCUCAGUUGCUGCAGAAGAGGGUGGUGUCCUGAGCUGAGGCCUGCCCACUGCCCCAUCUGCCCUCACAGGCCUCCUUGUUCUUUCCUCUGGGGCCUCUCUGGAGGGGGAGCCCUUGGCCAGGGUCCUUGUCUCUGUGACACCUGACAGCUGCCCAUCAGAGCUGCUGGGCCUCAGGGAGGUCCAACGUAGUCAGCCAGUUCUGAGGGGUUGCUUCAGGAGGAUAGCAGAUGCCAGCAGCACCCUGCCCAAGCCGCCUCUGCCCACCAGGGCAGGUACUGCAAGAGUGCCCAUACAUGCUGAUGGCUCCUGUGUCUCAGCCCAGUGCGCUGGGCAGGUGGAAGUGUUGGGAGUUCAUGCUUCCAGGAGUGACCCUCAGUAAUAAGAAACAGGAGCUGGUGAAUAAAGACCUCAGUGUUAAAGUCCCUCAGUGUGACAGUUCUGAAGUGUAUUCUGCACCGUGUGUGCACAGUGGUAACUCUCAUUCACAAGGUUCUUACUGGAUUUCCUUGCAUCCCUCCCAUCCCCAUUCCCAUAUGUGCUUUCUAGGAUCACCUCCCAAAUAAAGUUCUCACACUGGGA